GCUUGGGCGAUUCAGAUGAGGAUGAAGAAAGUCAAGAUGUAUGCGUCCUUUUUUUUCUAUCUUUACAUGACAAAUAUAUGUCUUUUCGUUUUUUUUGCUAGAUUGAUCGGCAAGUCAAUUCCCUGUUUGAAAGCAAGAGAUCAAUCAAAGCGAAAGGUGCUAAGAUUUACGGUGCUUUAAUGAAUGGUUAUAAUCUGAAUGGUGAAUCAUGGAAAUGUUUUAAGAUUUUUGAAGAAAUGAAAGAAAAAGAUAUUAUUCCUGAUGAGAUUGUAUGGAAUAUACUUAUUGGUGCAUGUUCAAAAAGUGGGAUGCUACAUCAUUGUCAAUAUAUUGUGAAUCAAAUUCCUUUGAAUAUUCAGAACAAGAUUCGAACGCAAAACGCAUUGAUUGAUAUGUGGGGUAAAUGUGGUUCAAUUGAAAAAGCAAAGAACGUAUUCGAUUUAGUUGUUGAUCGUGAUACUAUCACAUACACUGCCAUGAUCAAUGCAUUUGCUCUGAAUGGAAUGGGUACACAAGCUGUUGAAUUAUAUAGAGAAAUGCCUAAUAAUCUACGUCUUCUUCAUGAAGCUCGAACUAUCUUUAAUGAAAUUUCUUUGAAAACAGAAUCAAUCAUCACUACCAUGGUUGAUUGCUUAAGUCGUUUAUUUAUGUUUGAUGAAGCACAAAAGUUGAUUGAAGAUUAUGAAAAGACAAAUACACCAAGUAUUGUCAUGUAUAUGUCUUUGUUAUCCGGUGCACGUAAUAAUCGAAAUAGUAAUUUAUCUGAAAAAAUAUAUAAACGAAUGAAAACUCUAUUUCCUAAUGCAAAAGAAAGUCUUGCAGCCGGUGUAGUUCUUCUUUCAAAUAUAUAUUCGUCAUUAGGCAGAUAUGAAGAAGCUAAAAAUUUUCGCUCUAAUCAAAUAGAAGAAUUGGGAGUCAAAGUAAAAGUAGGAUUAUCAUGGACUGAAAUAAAAGGUCAUAUAGUGCUACUUAAAGCUCAUGAUCAUUCUCAUCCACAAUCAACUGAAAGCUAUGCUAAAAUUGAUCGUUUAAAAUCAAAAGCGAUUGAAAAUGGUUUCAUAUUUGAUUCAUCUUGGAUGACUCGUUCAUUAAACGAAAAUGAAACAAUUGAAUCUGUUUUAUGUGGUCAUAGUGAACUAUUGGUAAUCGCAUUGAAUUUGAUUCAAGAACCUGCUCCAAAAUUUAUUCAAGUUGUUAAAAAUCUUCGUGUUUGUGGCCAUUGUCAUGAAUUUACAAAAGUGAUAGCAAAAAUUGAACAAUGUGAUAUUGUUGUUCGUGAUGCUAAUCGUAUUCAUCACUUUUAUCCAAAUGGUCAAUGUUCGUGUCAAGACCAUUUUUGA